AUGCUAUCUGGCAAAUCGAAAACUUUGGAUUCUCUUUGUGUUGCAUUCAGACUUCUCGACGGUCAGUGCUUAAGCCGGUCAGUGCGAGCGGUUCAUACUGUACGUUGUGACUCCGGCCAGCCGAAAAGGUUGCUCGGGGCCUGCCAGCCAGCCAGUUGCCAGCGAUCCAUCACAACCGUUCGUCUCGAGCGUGAGGGCUGCCGAUGCAUAAAGCGACAAACGGUCAAGCAGAUGCGCUGCUGCUGCUCCGAUCUGGUAUCUAGGACAAGACGCAUUUGCCAUAAAGACGGCCGUGUUAUUUUGUGGGCUGGUGACAAGUUGGUCUCUGAGGCGUCUAGUUAUGGUACCACCAAAACGGCAGAUGGAGUAUCCCAGACAGGAGUCCGGUUCGUGUGCCAAAAUCUGGAGACGCGUGGCUGGCGUUUCAUUAACGGUGUUUGUCUGCGCAAACUGACUCAGGAUCUACAACCACCGAUGGUCUGCCGUCCUCAGAGCAUCUCACCAGCCGGAUCCUGUGACCCAGUCUCGAAGAGGCAGCCGAUAUCUGUACAUCAUUUUGCACUAAUCGGUUGCAAUUGUCGCCUGGUCAAAAAGACUAUGGGAAGCCAGGCCUGUGGAAUAACCAUUUACUUCGUAUCUAUUAACGCUAUCGCUCCAACUUGUCGUGUAUACUUGGCCCUUCGCUGGUACCAAAAUUUGAUUAUGCGCUCUGACAUCUUCCACAUCACGAGCUGGACCGGGCUCGAAAUGUCUACAGGUAAAGCUAUCUGUGAUGCUGUCUCGGUCACUUAG